ACUUACCACCAGGAUCACUGAGCUGCUGAGCGGAGAGGUUCCUAUAAGGUGUCGGGAUGUCGCUGUCUAUUUCUCCAUGGAGGAGUGGGAGUAUUUUGAAGAACACAAGGAUCUGUACAAGGACGCCAUGAUGGAGAAUCACCAGUCCCUCACAUCACCGGAUGGAUCCAGUCAGAGAAAUCCACCAGAGAGAUGUCCCAGUCCUCAGUAUUCCCAGGACUGUCCAGAGGAGAAACCGAAUAUCCCACUGGAUCAUCAGGAAAGUUCUGGCGAAACGACGAGUGGACUUGAAAAACCCAUCUCAGUGUCUGUGAAAGUGGAAGACUGGAUGAACGACUCUUAUGGACAUCUCCAUUUAUCUUCCUAUCAUGAAGCAGAAGAUAACAAUACCACACAAGAUGAUUCAAUAACUCCUAAUGUAACCUCAGUCCUUCACAGCAGAGAUCUAUCCACUAAUACUGCUGGUCACAAGAAACCUUCAUCUAAGCAAUUACUGAUUGGCAAAUCAAGAACUAAACAGAAAUGUGGCAAUAUUUUUUCUAGAGAGAGCAACUGCAGAGAUAAUGGUUCAUUUUCAUGCUUGACAUGUGGAAAAUCUUUUAGCAUGAAAUCCAUUCUAGUUAGACAUCAGAGAACUCACAUAGGGGAGAAACCGUAUUCAUGUCCUGAAUGUGGAAAAUGCCUUAACAAUCAAUCAAGUUUUAUUCGGCAUCAGAGAACUCAUACAGGGGAGAAGCCAUUUUCAUGUCUUGAAUGUGGAAAGUGCUUUAGUCAGAAAUCCAUUUUAGUUACACAUCAGAGAACUCACACAGGGGAGAAUCCAUAUUCAUGUCCUGAAUGUGGGAAAGGCUUUAACGAUCAAUCAAAUUUUAUUCGGCAUCAGAGAACUCAUACAGGGGAGAAGUCAUUUUCAUGUCUUGAAUGUGGAAAAUCUUUUAGCAUGAAAGCCAUUCUAAUUAGACAUCAGAGAACUCACACAGGGGAGAAGCCAUAUUCAUGCCCAGAAUGUGGGAAAUCUUUUAGUGUGAAAAUGUGUCUUAUUAGACAUCAGAGAACUCACACAGGGGAGAAGCCAUAUUCAUGCACAGAAUGUGGGAAAUCUUUUAGUCUGAAAACGGGUCUUGUUAGACAUCAGAGAACUCACACGGGGGAGAAUUCGUAUUUGUGUCCUGAAUGUGGGAAAGGCUUUAGCAAUCAAUCAAGUUGUAAUCGGCAUCAAAGAACUCAUACAGGGGAGAAACCAUUUUCAUGUCUUGAAUGUGGAAAGUGCUUUAGUCAGAAAUCCAUUCUAGUUACACAUCAGAGAACUCACACAGGGGAGAAUCCAUAUUCAUGUCCUGAAUGUGGGAAAGGCUUUAACAAUCAAUCAAGUUGUAUUCGGCAUCAGAGAACUCAUACAGGGGAGAAGCCAUUUUCAUGUCUUGAAUGUGGAAAGUGCUUUAGUCAGAAAUCUAUUCUAGUUUCACAUCGGAGAACUCACACAGGGGAGAAUCCAUAUUCAUGUCCUGAAUGUGGGAAAGGCUUUAAUAAACAAUCAAAUUUUGUUCGGCAUCAGAGAACUCACACAGGGGAGAAGCCAUGUAUGUGUCGUGAAUGUGGUAAGUAUUUUGGUGCGAAAUCAAUGCUUAUAAAACAUGUAAUAAGUCACAUAGGAGAGAAGCCAUUUUCAUCUUUAGAAUGUGUGAAACCUUUUAGCCAGAAAUCACAUGUUGAAGAACAUGAAAAACUCAACUUAGAGGAGAACCCUCUCCUUUCAUGUUCACAAUGUGGGAAAUGCUUUAAGACUCAAACAAAUUUUAUUCGGCAUCAGAGAACUCACACAGGAGAGAAGCCAUUUGUGUGUCCUGAAUGUGGGAAGUGUUUUGAUGUGAAGUCAUUUCUUAUAAGACAUCAAAGAAUUCACAUAGGAGAGAAGCCAUUUUCAUGUUCAGAAUGUGGGAAAUGUUUUAGUAAGAAAUCAAAUCUUGUUAGACAUCAGAGAACUCACACAGGGGUGAAGCCGUUUUCAUGUUCAGAAUGAGGGAAAUGUUUUAAUAGUCAAUCAAAUUUUUCUAAGCCAUUUGUGUGUCCUGAAUGUGGGAAGUGUUUUGAUGUGAAGUCAUUUCUUAUACGACAUCUAAGAAUUCACAUAGGAGAGAAGCCAUUUUCAUGUUCAGAAUGUGGGAAAUGUUUUAGUAAGAAAUCAAAUCUUGAUAGACAUUAGAGAUCUCAUACAGGAGAGAA